GCCCCAAACUCUUGUAGGCGUCUUCUAAAGCACGUUUUAUUGGAGGCAGUUACUAUACAGUGUUUUUUCUCUUGGGUAAAAAAAUCAAACAGAAAAGAAAAAAAGACCCGAAGAGAAGUAUCGAUCAGAGGGAAAGAGCCGCAAACAAUGGAGAAUGACGAUGAACUGAAAACCUUAGCCUCAGAAAUAAUGGCAGCAACAAAUAUGUUAUCUGAUCAUGAAUUAGCUUUUCGAUUACAGAUGGAAGAAGCCCUAAAUGCAUCACUUGCUUUACAACCUUCAUCAUCAAAUUCAGUACAACAAGAAUCUCCUUUUUCAAUGGAUUCUGUAUUGACUGAAGAUAUACCUGAUUUUGCACACCUUAAAAUACAAACCCUAGAAUUAGAUAAAUUUCAACAAGAAAUAAAGGAUCGUGAACAAUCUGAAGCUGAGAUGUGCAAAAUCUCUCAAGAUUUAAGUCGUACUAUUCAUGAUCAAAAUUUUGCUAGAGAAAUACUUAUGUUUCCUGAAGAAGAUUGGGAGGAUGAAGGAGAUUAUUUUGAGAAACCAUUUGGUGAAGGUUCUUCUUCAUCGGCUUCGAGUUCAUCGAAUUUAGUGAGUGAUGGACCGUUCAGGUUAUAUUUUAAGGGUUUGGUAACUGAGGAGAAUGUUAAGGGUUCUGUAAUUGCGUUGUCGUCGAUUGGAGCUGCGAUAUGUGAUCCUAGUGAUAAUUUAAUUCUUAAAGUUCAGAAACCAUUGAAGGGUCAGUGGAAAAGUUUAAGUCAUCGUUAUGCUUAUGUGAAAGCUUUGAUUGAAGGUCUUAAUGCUGCGCUUUCUUUGAAAAUCCAGAGGAUUAAUAUUUAUUGUGAUUAUCAUCCUCUUUUUCAACAGCUCAAAGGGAGAUGGCAAGUGAAGCAACAGAAUUUGAAAAUACUAAUGGAUCAGGUAGUUGCUCUUCGAGAGAAAUUUGAAAUUUGUAAUAUAAUUCUACUAACUAGGAAUGAUGUUAAGUUUGCAAUCAAAUUGGCAAGGGAUGCCAUAGAUUGUCAAAUCACUGCGAGUGCUGAAUCUAGCUCGGCUAAUGAGACUUGCAACAUCUGCUUAGAAGAGAAAGAUAUUAUGCAAAUAUUUUCUGUCGAUGGUUGCUUGCACCGCUAUUGCUGUUCAUGUAUGAAGCAGCAUGCAGAAGUAAAGUUACUCCAUGGGCUGGUGCCCGGAUGCCCUCACGAAGGUUGUCAAACUCAGUUGAUUGCAGAUAGCUGUAAAAAGUUUUUGACCCCUAAGUUUAUUGAAAUGAUGACGCUACGUUUGAAGGAAGCAUCUGUUCCUGUUACGGAGAAACUUUAUUGCCCAUAUCCAAAGUGCUCUACUUUGAUGUCGAAGAGUGAGGUUCUAUCUUCUAAUGAUUUGUUUGGAACUGCAAAUCGAUCCGGAGCUUAUAAAUGCAUCAAAUGCCAUGGUCUUUUCUGUAUCAACUGCAAGGUCCCAUGGCACCACGGUAUGUCCUGCUUAGAAUAUAAAAGGCUAAAUCCACGAGGCGAAGAAGCAAAAUUGAAGUCUCUUGCUUCACAGCAACUGUGGCGCCAAUGUGUCAAGUGCAACCAUAUGAUUGAACUGGCUGAAGGUUGCUACCACAUGACUUGCAGGUGUGGUUUUGAAUUCUGCUAUACAUGCGGAGCAGAAUGGAAAAACAAGAAAGCAACCUGCAAUUGUCCAUUAUGGAAUGAAGAUAAUAUCUUGUAUGAUGACUCUGAUGAGGGAGAGGAUGAAGAGUGGUAUGAUGAAGAAGAGUGGGACUCCGAAGAUGAUGAAUAUGUGAAUGCGCCUAGAAGGUUUUUUGGAUGAUUUAUUUUGCACACUUGUAUUUAGUCACAUGUAAGUGGACCAUAUGAUAACUUUAACUAGUAACAGAGCCUCUUUUGUUUUUACUUGGAAUACUUCUGUGGAUGGUAUUUGACAUUGAAACAUAAAAUUCUAUGAUAGUGCCUUAGAAAAA